AAAAGCAGAGAUUUCUGGACCCAGAGGCCAGAGACGAGUAACUGCUGGACUUACAUGGAUGAUAACACUUUCGAUCCUGAUUUGAUUCGCGCCAUUUUCAAGCUCGUUUGGGGUAGAAGAGCCCUCGAGCGCGAGAAAAAUGAAGGAGCUGAUGCUGUGGACUGCGAGGUAGGAGUAGGAACAUCCAAAAAGAUUCGUCCCACUUCUGCUAAUUCAAAUGCACUAAAGCUGAGUUGUGAACUUCUCCGAGUUUUUAUCUCAGAAGCUGUGCAGCGUGCUGCUGCAAUUGCUGAAGCAGAGGGAGUUAGUAAGAUUGAAGCGACUCACUUGGAGAGGAUUCUCCCGCAGCUACUUAUGGAUUUUUGAAAAGGAAUAUAUAAAUACUUGUGGAAUUUUAAAAAAAGCAAAUAGAAAUAUGGUUUUAAUUUUCUUUUUCUUUUCCCUUGCGCUGGAAUCCAUUCUUUCCAAACUGACUGGCACAAUCAGUAACUCUUUAACAACACAUAUUUUGUACGUGGAUGUAAUGAAUCAGCAUGAAUGUUUGAUGUUCUCUUCUUAUCCUUGCAGAUGAGAGCAACUUAUAUUUAUACAACGUUUACUUGUCUACUUCCA